AUGGUGUGUCACAGCGAUCGCGCUGCCAGCACUGGCCGUCCUGCAGCCAGACACAAUUUGCUGCCACCGCUCAUGCGCCACUUGAGAUUGGUCCUGAAGGGUGUGGCGAGGCACCACACACCCCUGUCAGCCCACACCAUUUCCCGCCAGCGAUUGGCACCCUGGGUACAUCACUGGCUACACUCAUGGGGUCAGUGGGCAGAUACAUUGGGUUGCCCGCGCAUCAAGGCUGUGCUGGGCAGAGCUGACAGCAUGGCGAGUUCAGAGCGUCGCAUUGCCAAGGCAGGGGUGGACCGACGCUGCAAGUUUGGGGGCCCUGCUAUGAGUGGGCGCCCAUGUACCGUGCCAGGGUGA